UCCACUUGGCGUAGGCUUCACCAUCGGUUGGCUUUUUGUGCUAAGUACUGCUAUCGCAAAGUCUUCGUACUGAUCGUACCUGUAACCUCGAUGAUGAUAGGAGGCAAGCAUCCUUGCUCCGUCUGGUGAUUCCUAUACCGGCCGAACGCACUGAGUUAUCUUCUUCGGGAGUACCAGUAGGCCUGACUUCCAAGCCCCAUACCAAUUGCAGGGUCCUGUGCGCUUGGAAUAGGGUGAAAUUGACGAAGAUUUCGUGGUGCCAUAACGGGUUGACGCAUAGAAAAGAAGGUAUCACUGGGAACAUGGCCGACCCCGGAGUAGAUACGUUCCCGCCUGAUAGUCCGUUUCGGUUUUUCUACAACACAGUGACAUCAGAUGACAUCAACAAGGCCAUGCUGACGGACCAUGACGGCUCGAAACGCGGCAAGUGCAAGAUCGGCUUCCUGACACAUUUCGUCUGCGAAGACUACCAUCAGUUGGUGGUCGUGGGGUCCAUUCCAGAGCUCGGUGAGUGGGACCCCGCAGCAGGGGUGGUGGCCCAUCGCCUUGACGCAGGAGGCUGGUGGUUGGCAACAGUCGACAUCCCAAAAACAAAUACCUUUGUAAUAAUGUGGAAAUGGAUAGUACGGUCACCAGACGGAAGUUACGUCAUCAGAUGGGAGGAACGUAGCAAUAGGAUCCUGUAUCCCCAAAAACGUCAUCAUUUCAUUGUUGCACCUUGGUUUGAAGAUGGCCUAUUAUUGCAGCCAGAUUGUCCAGUGACGAAGGGUGCCAUGGGUGGAAGGGCCGACAGAACCUCAAGACUUCUCCAUCCAUUUUCGUCCGACUCCCGUGAAAGUACCCUGGACCGUGAUGGUGACAGCGCUAAGUUAGUGGGAGGCCGCCGUGGCAGUCUCAAGAACAGGAUCAGGGGUUUCUUCAAGAAACACAGGAGCAAAGACCGGGGAGGAAAUCAAGACAGUACUCAAAGUGCUCCUGAUUACAGCAAGAUCGGUACAAUGUAAACACAAGCAGCAGCCAAAGUUCAUAGCAUGCAUGCGGACUGUAUGGUAUAUAGGCCUAUAUACUCAUAUUUUAAUGUGCAAUGUAUCUUUUAUUUAUGACAAUGUAUUUUAAUAACAAGACUUUCGCAAUGGCACCCAGAAGGAAUGACACCCAUUGCUUCCGUUUCGAUAUGUUAAUGAGAAAGUGCGGACAUGAGAAUGACGAAUCGACCUUGUGACUCACGACUGUGGGACGGACGGAACAACAUCCAGCUUCGAUUUCAAAUGUUUAGGAAAGUUACAUGAAGGCAUGAAAGCAAUUUCUCCCAAAAAAAAAUUAUCAGAAAACUGAAAUCAUCUGGCACAUGUUCGUUUUCUUCGAAGUAUUCAUUUGUAAAGAUAACUGGAAUAAACAUUCUGUGUCGGAUA